GCGCAGGAGCCGCCGCCGCCGCCGCCGCCGCCCGCGUCUCCGUCGCCGCGCGCCUGAGCCGCCCCAGCCGCCGCGCGCCCUGCCCGGGGGCGGCCCCCCGAGCCCCAUGGAGGUCUCCCGGAGGAAGGCGCCGCCGCGCCCCCCGCGCCCCGCCGCCCCGCUCCCCCUGCUCGCCUAUCUGCUGGCGCUGGCGGCGCCCGCCCGGGGCGCGGACGAGGCGGUGUGGCGAUCCCAGCAAGCCAUCGGAGCCAUCGCGGCGAGCCGUGCGGACGGCGUGUUUGUGGCGAGCGGCAGCUGCCUGGACCAGCUGGACUACAGCCUCAAGAACAGCCUCUCGCGCCUGUACCGGGACCAGGCGGGCAACUGCACGGAGCCCGUCUCGCUGGCGCCCCCCGCGCGGCCCCGGCCCGGGAGCAGCUUCAGCAAGCUGCUGCUGCCCUACCGCGAGGGGGCGACCGGCCUCGAGGGGCUGCUGCUCACCGGCUGGACCUUCGACCGCGGGGCCUGCGAGGUGAGGCCCCUGGGCAACCUGAACCGCAGCUCCCUGCGCAACGGCACCGAGGUGGUGUCGUGCCACCCGCAGGGCUCGACGGCCGGCGUGGUGUACCGCGCGGGCGGGACCAACCGCUGGUACCUGGCCGUGGCCGCCACCUACGUGCUGCCGGAGCCGGAGACGGCGAACCGCUGCAACCCCGCGGCGUCCGACCGCGACACGGCCAUCGCGCUCAAGAACACGGAGGGGCGCAGCCUGGCCACGCAGGAGCUGGGCCGCCUGAAGCUGCGUGGCGGCGCGGGCAGCCUGCACUUCGUGGACGCCUUUCUCUGGAACGGCAGCGUCUACUUCCCCUACUACCCCUACAACUACACGAGCGGCGCCGCCACCGGCUGGCCCAGCAUGGCGCGCAUCGCGCAGAGCACCGAGGUGCUGUUCCAGGGCCAGGCGGCCCUGGACUGCGGCCGCGGCCACCCCGACGGCCGCCGCCUGCUGCUUUCCUCCAGCCUGGUGGAGGCCGCGGGCGUCUGGGCCGGCGUGUUCAGCGCGGCCACCGGGGAGGGCCAGGAGAGGCGCUCGCCCGCCACCACGGCUCUCUGCCUCUUCAGGAUGAGUGAGAUCCAGGCGCGCGCCAGGAGCUGCAGCUGGGACUUUCAGGCGACUGAGCACAACUGCAAAGAAGGGGAUCAGCCUGAACGGGUCCAGCCAAUUGCAUCGUCUACACUGAUCCACUCCGACCUGACAUCUGUUUAUGGAACCGUGGUGAUGAACAGGACUGUCUUGUUCUUGGGGACUGGAGAUGGCCAGUUACUUAAGGUUGUUCUUGGUGAGAAUUUGACUUCAAAUUGUCCAGAGGUCAUCUAUGAGAUUAAAGAAGAAACACCCGUGUUCUACAAGCUUGUUCCUCAUCCUGUGAAGGACUCCUACAUCUACCUAACAGCUGGGAAAGAGGUGAGGAGAAUUCGUGUUGCAAACUGCAGUAGACGUAAAUCGUGUUCGCAGUGCUUAGCCGCGGCAGACCCCCACUGUGGCUGGUGCCUCCCGCUACACAGGUGCACUUUUCGAGAAGACUGCACACAGGCAGGGAGCCUUGAAAACUGGCUGGAUGUUUCAUCUGGACCGAAAAAAUGCCCUAAAAUUCAGAUAAUUCGAAGCCUCAGAGAGAGGACCACAGUGACCAUUGUGGGAAGCUUCUCUGCAAGACAGUCAGAGUGUGUGGUGAAGAACGCAGACACGGGCAAGCUGCUCUGCCAGGGGAGAAGCCAGCUGAACCGGACCUGUGCCUGCAACAUCCCCAGCCGACCCAGCUACAAUGUCUUAGUCAUCAAUGCGACCUUCUUCUUUCCGUCUUGGAACUUAUCAGAAAGAUUCAACUUUACCAACUGUGCAUCGUUGAAAGAAUGCCCAGUGUGUGUCGGGACUGGCUGCGCCUGGUGUAAACGUGACAGAAAGUGCAUCCAUCCCUUCGCAUCCUGCGACCCUUCGGACUAUGAGAGGAAUCAGGAGCUCUGUCACGCUGCUGUGGAGAAAGCGCCCCACGAGUCAGGAGCAGGACCAGUCAAGGAGACUAAGAGCAACAGAACCGACCGGAAUUUGCAGGUCUUCUACAUUAAGGGCAUUGAGCCACAGAAAAUAUCGACCUUGGGGAAAAGCAAUGUGAUAGUUACCGGAGCAAACUUCACCCAAGCGUCGAAUAUCACCAUGAUCCUGAAAGGAACCAGUACAUGUGAUAAGGAUGUGAUCCGGGUUAGCCACGUGCUAAAUGACACGCAUAUGAAAUUCUCACUUCCAUCGAGCCGGAAAGAAAUGAAAGAUGUCUGCAUUCAGUUCGACGGUGGCAACUGCUCUUCCGCGGGGGCUCUGUCCUACAUUGCUCUGCCACACUGUUCCACGAUAGUUCCCGCCACCACCUGGAUCAGUGGUGGGCAAAAUAUAACCAUCAUGGGCAGGAAUUUUGACGUCAUUGACAACCUAAUAAUUUCACAUGAGAUAAGAGGAAACAUAAAUGUCUCGGAACACUGCAUGGCGACUUUCUGCAGGUUUUUAGCUCCCAAUUUAAAGAGCUCCAAAGUGCGCACAAAUGUUGCCGUGAAGCUAAGAGUCCAAGAUACCUACUUGGAUUGUGGAACCCUGCAGUACCUUGAGGAUCCCAGAUUUACAGGGUACCGAGUGGAAUCUGAGAUUGACACAGAAUUGGAAGUAAAAAUUCAAAAAGAAAACGACAACUUCAACAUCUCCAAGGAUGACAUUGAUAUCACUCUCUUCCAUGGGGAAAAUAAACAGUUUAAUUGCAGUUUUGAGAAUAUUACUAGAAACCAAGAUCUCACAACCAUCCUUUGCAAGAUUAAGAGCAUCAAGAACGCGAACAGCAUCGCCACCUCCUCUAAGAAAGUUCGUGUCAAGCUGGGAAACCUGGAACUCUAUGUGGAGCAGGAGUCUGUUCCUUCCACGUGGUACUUCCUGAUCGCACUCCCUGUCUUGCUGGCGAUCGUCAUUGUCGUGGCUGUGGUGGUGACCAGGCACAAAUCGAAGGAGCUGAGUCGAAAACAGAGCCAACAGCUGGAGCUGCUGGAGAGCGAACUCCGGAAAGAGAUACGUGACGGCUUUGCCGAGCUCCAGAUGGAUAAGUUGGAUGUGGUUGAUAGCUUUGGAACUGUACCCUUCCUUGACUACAAACAUUUCGCUCUGAGAACUUUCUUCCCUGAGUCAGGCGGCUUCACACACAUCUUCACUGAAGAUAUGCACAACAGAGAUGCCAAUGACAAGAAUGAGAGCCUCACAGCCUUGGAUGCCCUCAUAUGUAACAAAAGCUUCCUAGUUACUGUCAUCCAUACCCUUGAAAAGCAGAAGAACUUCUCGGUAAAGGACAGGUGUCUGUUUGCCUCCUUCCUAACCAUCGCUCUGCAAACCAAACUGGUCUACUUGACCAGCAUCCUGGAGGUGCUCACCAGGGACCUGAUGGAGCAGUGCAGCAAUAUGCAGCCCAAGCUCAUGCUGAGGCGCACGGAGUCUGUGGUAGAGAAGCUCCUUACCAACUGGAUGUCUGUCUGCCUCUCUGGUUUCCUUAGGGAGACUGUUGGAGAGCCGUUCUAUUUGCUGGUGACGACGCUGAACCAGAAAAUAAAUAAGGGUCCUGUAGACGUGAUUACUUGCAAAGCGCUGUACACCCUUAACGAAGACUGGCUGCUGUGGCAGGUUCCCGAAUUCAACACUGUGGCAUUAAAUGUCGUCUUUGAAAAAAUCCCAGAAAAUGAGAGUGCAGAUGUCUGUCGGAAUAUUUCAGUCAAUGUUCUUGACUGUGAUACCAUAGGCCAAGCCAAAGAAAAGAUCUUCCAAGCAUUCCUAAGCAAAAAUGGUUCUCCGUACGGACUUCAGCUCAAUGAGAUUGGUCUUGAGCUUCAAGUGGGAACACGACAGAAAGAACUUCUGGAUAUUGACAGUUCCUCUGUAAUUCUUGAGGAUGGAAUAACCAAGCUAAACACCAUUGGCCACUAUGAGAUAUCAAAUGGAUCCACUAUAAAAGUCUUUAAGAAGAUAGCAAAUUUUACUUCAGAUGUGGAAUACUCGGAUGACCACUGUCAUUUGAUUUUACCAGAUUCAGAAGCAUUCCAAGUUGUGCAAGGAAAGAGACAUAGAGGGAAACACAAGUUCAAAGUAAAAGAAAUGUAUCUAACAAAGCUGCUGUCGACCAAGGUGGCCAUUCACUCUGUGCUAGAGAAACUCUUCAGAAGCAUUUGGAGUUUGCCUAACAGCAGGGCCCCAUUUGCUAUAAAAUACUUCUUUGACUUUUUGGAUGCCCAAGCUGAAAACAAAAAGAUCACAGAUCCUGAUGUUGUACAUAUUUGGAAAACAAACAGCCUUCCUCUUCGCUUCUGGGUAAACAUCCUGAAGAACCCUCAGUUUGUCUUUGACAUUAAGAAGACUCCACACAUAGACAGCUGUUUAUCAGUGAUUGCCCAAGCUUUCAUGGAUGCCUUUUCUCUCACAGAACAGCAACUGGGGAAGGAAGCACCAACUAAUAAACUUCUCUAUGCCAAGGAUAUACCAACCUACAAAGAGGAAGUAAAAUCUUAUUACAAAGCAAUCAGGGAUUUGCCUCCAUUGUCAUCUUUAGAAAUGGAAGAAUUCUUAACUCAGGAAUCUAAGAAACAUGAAAAUGAAUUUAAUGAAGAAGUGGCCUUGACAGAAAUCUACAAAUACAUCGUGAAGUAUUUUGAUGAGUCAUGCUGGGAAAGGCUAUCCAUGUCAAUGGUGAGAAUAGCUCACCAAUUCCAUUUGCUACUUGAAGAUCAAGUGAAGAGCCAAGAUUCUAAAUAAACUAGAAAGAGAACGAGGGCUGGAAGAAGCUCAGAAACAACUCUUGCAUGUAAAAGUCUUAUUUGAUGAAAAGAAGAAAUGCAAGUGGAUGUAAGCACCCUGGGGCCUGGCUUUAUUUGACAAAGUUCUUCAGACAGCUUGGGAGCAAAAUGGCUGCUUGAGCUACUCUUUGUCGUAAAAUUUCUUAAGUUUGCACAUGGGUUCCACUUUGAGCACUGUCUUUUAAGAGACCAAGGCACACGCACAGCUUUUAGAAAGUCUAUCAACCACUGUGCCUGUGGGUAUACCGGGAACCUUUCUGUAAAUAGAGCUGAAGUGGUUGUUGCAAACAGCCUCCUUGUUUACAGAGAAUACAGGGCCAGUAAGCAAGUGUCAGUAUUGUAACUACAGUCUCCACUUAAGCACAAUGAUAUCUAAGUGGUUUUGUUGGGAAACUACAGCUAUGUAGCACGUGUGACUACACUGUACUUCUGCAGGAGAGGGGAUACUAACAAUGCUCAAAAUGUGAAAUGAGUCAUUUGGAAACAAGGUGGAGGGUGUUAGGGCAACCCUGAGGAUCUGCAGCUGUCGUUCACUUUCCCCAGUAGUUCCUGGAAAGGCUGAAGGCAGAAUUUGGUAGUGUGUACACUUAGCGUCGUGAGUGUGUGUGUUUAAAACCAAAAACUAACAGUGUUGCAACAUUGUUGAAAGGGCUCGUGUUUUUCAGUGGUUGCCAGCUGCGCUCAUCAGCUCACCUCCAUUUUAUCCAAGCAGCUCUAAAGCAAGGAGAGUGGGUGGGUUUCACUGAAAUGCAACAGCGUUUUUUCCAGACUCUGUCCUAGUGUGUUCCCUUAUUUUCAUGUAUCUGGUAGUGGACAUGUUGGGUAUUACUAAAAAAGGAGUUCAUGAUUUUACUUCUGUUUGAUCAGAACUGUGCGUGGGUGUGUAAGUCACUCCUGUAAUCUGACAUUUCUAUGCUAGUGUCUCCUUGCUUUAGAUUUCUGGUGAACCCUGUGGUUAUAAAUACUUGUGUGUGAUUAAAAUAAAAGAUACAUUUUACAUUUCAUCAAAUUGUUGUUCACAUUGGAGUAUUAUAUAUAAAUAUAUAUUUGAGGCCCAAGGCCUGGAAAAUAUUAGUACAACUUGGUAUCUUAGUCUUACUAUGUACUUUUUGAAAGUAUUCCUUACAGGAGAAAGAUUUAAAAAUACUCAUUUUAUUCGUGCCUCUUUUUUUUUUUUUCAAGGAAUUUCCUAUCCAGUUAUAAUGUAGUAUUUUUUAUUGCUGAUUUUUUUAUUCCCGAAUUUUUGCUGCUCAUGACCAAUUUUAAUACCACUGUGUUUCCUUCUAUUAAACAGAAGUAAAAAGUGUAAUCUGACAGCUCUCUCACUUACCUUGUGGCAGGCACCUUUUACCCCAAUUUAGGAAGGAAUUUUCCUUCAAUCAGCAAAUAAAACAUUGAGCACAUAUUCCUUAAAACCAUUUACCAGCACUGUAUGGACCAUGUAGGAUGAAAUGUGAAUUUGUCUUGGUAAAUGCAAUCUUUUUGCUCCUUGAUAUCCAAUAAGGUGUAAGAGAGGUAACAUCUGAGCAGUUCAGAUGCCGCCUGGACAGGCACAGUCCCAAUCCUAAUCCUUGUGACUAUUGUCUGUCCAAUGGACACAUCUCAAAACUCCUACCAAAUAGUUUAUUUCUAAGUAGAAAGGUAAGAGGUCUGGUCCCCCAUUUAAAGCUGCUACUGUCUUCAAAGAGGGGAAGGUGUCCAUAGAGAAAAGCUGGAGGAGAGUUGAGAGCCAAGGGUAGAAGGCUUGCCCAACAGACUUUCCCUUCUCUGGGGAGCACGAAACUCAAAGGUUGAGCCACAGCUUUAGCAACGUAUUAGUAAACGCUACCUGAGGGUGUCCCUGUCCAGCUCUCUGACAGGAGUCCUGCGUGGAGCCUUACCGCCUCUUCCAGGGGUUGGGAACUUUGGGCAAGUCACUUACCUCUUUGUGCCUCAAUUUCUGUAUACUCUUUCUAACCUACCUCACUGAGGUGGUAUGAAGAUUCACUAAUGUAUGUAGUGUGUUUGUCAAUCCUCCAGUGGAAAGCACUAUCUAGAUCACACUUUGGAUCACAUUAGCCAAAUGCAGAGAAUGUCCAAAUCAGAUGUGUGCUGAAGACAAUCAGUCACUGGGUCUAUAUUAAACAACAACUAAAGAAGCAAAUGACAAACAGUAUCUAUUUUCAAGUUUCUUUGCAUAUUUUUGGUGCAAAACAAUUAAUUUAUACACUUUUUUUUUCCUAACACUAGUGUCUAAAGCAGCAUUUAAAAAUUACUUGUGUUACUCUUUCUGUAUUAGGAUUUAAAGCCUAUUUCUUACUGUAUACCUGACUGAAGCUGUUCUUGGAGAUGAAUGUUUUAAAUGUCUAUAUCCAAAAAUAAACAUUUUGAUGUAACAA